CUUUGAUAGUGCUACACUGCUACUAUACUAUAAUGAAAAGUAUAGUAGUACUACUACUACAACACUAAUUUUUAGUAUUUUCUACCGAAUGUUAGUUAGUUAGCGGUCUGCUGCAUCUUACAUCCAAAGCAAAAUCGCCCAAAAUUACAAAAUCCUGAAAUCAAAAACCUUUUUCACAUCUCCUUCUCUUCAACAUUCUCUCACUACUCCUUCCCUCUUCACAUGUACAUAUAAAGAGGGAAAAUUAAUUGAACAGAACUGAAUUCAGUCUCACGGCCAUUUAAUUCUCCCGCGGUCGGAGCAGCUUUAUUCAGAUCGCGGCGGCGCAGCCUCUCUCAGAUCUAAGCCGCCAAAUCGGCAGUGUCUGUCAUUCCAAAUUGGUUAAUCCAUCCACUAAGGCUGUGUCACGAGCUUAUGAUCGACAUAGGAGCAAGGUUUCGUCAAAACAGCGGGUGCUUAAUUUCUUGUUAGUUGGCGGUGAUUGCGUCCUAGUUGGUUUACAGCCUGUUCUGGUUUAUAUGUCAAAGGUUGAUGGCCGCUUCGCGUUUAGCCCCAUUAGUGUCAACUUUUUGACGGAGGUUAUGAAAGUAUUUUUUGCAAUUGCAAUGCUUAUAUUCCAGGCUAGGAGACAGAAGUCUGGUGAGAAGCCGCUUCUCUCAAUGUCUACGUUCAUUCAGGCUGCUCGUAGCAAUACGCUACUUGCCGUUCCAGCCCUUCUUUAUGCUAUAAAUAAUUACCUGAAGUUCAUUAUGCAGAUUCCGAGGCAUAAAAUUUAUCCGCAACAAAUCGAGAUGUUAAAAAUUGGGGUGGAACAGUGGUUUUUGGACGGAACGGAGCUCUAUCUGAGUCCGUUAUGGGUUUCCUAAUUUUGUACCAAACGAAGAGAAGAGCAUAGAUAAAAUGGCUUAACCAUGCUCCUGGCUACUACCAAACACAGCCUAAAAUAGCAGCUUCCACUCCUAAAUUUUCUCAUCAAGCAAACUCAUAUAGGAGUAUUCAUUUUUGAUUAAAUUCAUAGAGCAAUGGGUGUGAUCACUUACGACGUAGAGACUCCUUCCCCCAUCUCGGCCGAAAAGCUGUACAAGGCGGUGGUGCUGGACGCAGACAACCUCAUCCCGAAGAUCAUGCCACAGGCCAUCAACAAGGUGGAGAUCGUGGAAGGCGAUGGGGGUGUUGGCACCAUCAAGGUGAUUCAUUUUGGCGAAGGGAGCGAGUACAAGAGCGUGAAGCACCGUGUGGAUGCCAUUGACAAGGACAACUUGACCUACACCUACAGCAUCAUCGAAGGUGAUGCUCUUUCUGGCCUUCUGGAAUCCAUUACUUAUCACAUCAAGGUUGUCCCAACUGAAGAUGGAGGAAGCAUUUGCAAGAACAGAAGCAUUUACAACACUAAGGAGGGUGCUGAGAUUAGUGAGGAGAAGAUCAAGGAGGGGAAGGACAAUGCCCUUCAUAUGUUCAAGGCUAUUGAGGCUUACCUCAUAGCCAACCCGGACUACUAGAACUAGAAGACUGCACCACUGCCUAAAGGUAUAUCAAUUCAUAUUUGCGUGUGCGAUGAGAGAUGUGAUAUGUUAUUCGAAAUAAUUCAUAAUUGUGUGUGAAACUAUAGGCUUAAUUGCCUAGCUACUUGUUUUUUUCUUUAAUUUGUGUUUUGAGUGAAUUUAUUGUACUACUAUUGAAUUUCUCUUGUACUAAUAAAUUAUAAAUAAGCAUACUACUCCACCUUUGAAUUUU